AUGGGAAAUUUACCGAACAAAUCUGCUGCACCCAAAGGGCCCGAGCCAUCAACGCUACGCGCUAACUCCGACUUCGCAAAGAAGUUACCUUUUCAAGACCGCCGCGACUUCGAAGAGGCAUUGCGCGGCUUCGUUGCUACGGUACCCGAUGCCCUGGUGCCUGGCCCAGGCACCAGCGAGCGACCAGCGUGGAGCAUGAAACCAUUUGAUUUUAUUAAGGCAAAUGAGGCCGCGGAUACUGUGAACCCUAGUUUAUGGAGACAAGCUCAAUUAAACGCGAUCCAUGGCCUCUUCCAGGUGACUGAGCGUAUUUAUCAAGUACGCGGCUUUGACAUCUCGAACAUGACCGUGAUCGAAGGAGAUACAUCGUUAAUCGUUAUAGAUCCGCUGUUUACAGUCGAGACAGCUCAUGCUUCGCUAGAUCUUUACUUCCAGCAUCGCCCACGGAAGCCGGUCAGCACAGUGAUAUACACACAUAGCCACUCAGACCAUUUUGGUGGUGUGAAGGGCGUGGUUAACGAGGCGGAUGUGAUUGCUGGCAAAGUAAAAAUAAUUGCUCCCGCUGGAUUCAUGGAGAGCGCAGUUGCCGAAAAUAUCUUGGCAGGCAAUGCAAUGAGCCGACGCUCCCAGUUUCAAUUCGGUAUGCUGCUGCAGCCCGGUGUCCGAGGACUGGUUGACACAGGUUUAGGAAAGACAAGUGCCCGUGGGACAAAUACACUAAUCGCUCCGACCGUCACCAUUGACAAUUCCAAAGAGGAACACACUAUUGACGGGGUGGAAUUUGUUUUCCAGCUUGCUCUAGGCUCAGAAGCACCUUCGGAAAUGCUCAUAUAUCUACCGCAGUUCCGUGUCUUGGACAUGGCAGAAGAUGUGACGCACUGUAUGCACAACCUUUAUACUCUCCGGGGCGCUGAGAUACGUGACGGUAAUCUGUGGUCGAAGUACAUAGACGAGGCACGUGUGUCCUUCGGAAAUAAGACUGAUGUGCUCAUUGCACAGCAUCACUGGCCCACUGUUGGACGCGAACGCGUUAAUGAUUUAUUAAAGAAGCAUCGUGAUACGUAUAAAUUCAUCCAUGACCAGUCGCUGCGCCUACUAAACCAUGGCUACACAGCGGAAGAAAUUGCAGAAACGCUUCGCAUGCCUGCUAGCCUUGAGCAAGAAUGGUCAACGCGCGGCUACUACGGUACAUUACACCACAACGCCAAGGCAGUGUACCAGAAAUACCUUGGCUGGUACGAUGCCAAUCCAGCAAAUCUUAACCCAUUACCACCCGUGGCAUAUGCGAAGAAAACCAUCGAGUACAUGGGUGGGGCUGACGCAGUGCUUGACCGCGCACGAGAGGACUUCAAGAGAGGCGAGUUUCGCUGGGUUGCAAGUAUUGCAAACCAAGUCGUCUAUGCUGAACCUGAAAACCGGGAGGCCCGCGAAUUAGGUGCAAAUGCCCUUGAACAGUUGGGAUACCAGGCGGAGUCAGGUAUUUGGCGUUGCGCCUAUUUGGUAGGUGCUAUGGAGCUACGUGAUGGCGUGCCGGACAUUCCAAGCAUCACCAAAAACAUUGGCGACUUAACUAAAGCGGUUAGCAACGACUUGUUGUUCGACUUCCUAGCUGUACGUCUUGAUGGGACCAGGGCUGAAGGCAUAAAUUCAGUCAUCAACUGGCAUUUUGCCGAUUUGAACGAAUAUUUCGUCAUGUCACUUGAAAACUCUGCCCUUACACACAUCAUCGGUCAGCAACAAGAAGCAGACGUUAGCGUAAGACUGAACCGAGGUACGCUCGAUGAAAUCCUGCAGAAGAAAACAACUUUCACUCAGGCGGCGAGUAACGACAAGGCGGUGAUUGAUGGCGACAUCUCAAAGCUCGAAGAAGUGUUUUCUUUGUUGGAUAAUUUCGAACUCAUGUUCCCUAUAGUUGAACCAAGGAAGAAAAAUUAG